CUCCUUUACAUGUUCUGAGAAGUGUCGGCAGCUCUCUAUACCGACCAGAAAUCUCGAGCCUCUGGUAUGAUGGCUCGAACGUCGCUGAACGUUGAGACUGACGCUUCCAGCUCAAGUUCCUUGCAGGCUGUGCCCAGCACCGUGCAGUCUAAUGACAUGUCAGACUGCGAAAUCUGCCACCUAAUCUGGACCCGUCUCACAACGCCUCCUAGUAAAGAACACCGCGAUAUCAUCAACCUAGGCUCCUUAGAAGAAGCUCUGGCCUCAAAACGCAGCAGACACCUGCCACUAGUCAAAAUGUUCCUAAAACUAUGCAGCCAACGAAAGCAAUCUGCCCGCUGCGUCUCAGCCGACGUAGGCAUCGCAGUCCUUCGACCAGGCGUGCUCUACUUGACAGGGACUAAAGAGCACGGCGUCAGCUGGGCCAGACUCUUACUCGUGAGGAGGGUUUCAAUUCCAAACCACCCAGGAAACGCCCGCAUCCUGGACCCUGAGUGGAUCGAUACCAGCCUCGUGAUCGUACUUGGAACUUUUGGCCUCCGACGGCGGAUUGUCUCUAAUCGGUCCAGUGUGAGCCAGCUUGGACCAUGUGACCUUCCGUCUUGGUCCUUGGUUGGGUGGCAAGGCGCUGUCUCCGUCGGACGCAAUGAAGCCGGUCCAGUAAAUUGGUUUAACUCGAUCCAAGAGACGAUUUCCAUCACCACGUGGUAUGCGUGUGCUACGCCGACGUCAGCGCAGAAACGGAGAAUCAGAUCCUCGUGGUUUGAGAAUCGCCAAGCGUACAAAGACUUUAGACUGCCCCUGCCUCCCGGAUGGACUCGACAAGAGAUUCCCGAGAGGUCCAACAGCAGACAGGACGAGGAAACUGACGAGCACGGGCUACUUUAUCCAGAUGGGUGAGACAAGUACACCUUUAGACAUGUUAGCAUGUCUGACGAUGACUUUUCCUGGUACUGGCCUUUCUCUGUGCCGGACAUUCAGGAAUCAACCCGGCCGUUCAUGCCGGAACAGACUCUAUGCAUUAGCUGCGACACCCGCCGCGCCCGCGUCUGUGCUUUUCAAGCAGGCAAAGAGAACGACGCCUCUCUCUAUAAUGAUGAAAACAAAAUAGGGGUCCUGCGAUUGCACCACAAGGAUCAACUUGAAAGCUUUCCCUCGCUGGAUGCCGGCUGGGCUGCUGCCAAGGAGGUCGAGUUGAUGGCUAUCUGCCGCGUGCGGAACUACGAAAGGACCUUUGAUGAUAUCCGCCCAAUUGCGGCCACAGAGGAGUAUGUUGUGCUGUGGGUGGAGUGGAUCGACGGGGUUGCGUACCGCCUCGCUAGCGGACAUGCCGACAAGGCGGC